AUGCGGCGUGUGGAAAGGGUCCAGGUGGUGCUGCAGCUACUGCUGGCAAUUCUGUGUAUGGCUUACGUAGUCCUUGCUGCCGUGUUUGGCAUCAUCCCCAUGGUGCCCUUGGGAAUGGCCAUCGUCAUUGCCCCACCCACAGUUGCCCUAACCUCCAUGCUGGAGCAACAGCUUCACAAUCUGGCCAGGGGCCUGAACAUGAAGAAACGAUCCAGCUCUAUGAAAGGUGCUAAAUUCAGUUUUAAAACAUUCAAAGACUGGUUUCAACAGGGGGCCCCAGAGUCCAUGGCCUCGAUGGAUUUAGACGUGAACGAAGAGAUUCUGGAGCAGGGCCUGGCCACUGACGAACUAUGCCCAGAGAUCAGCAUUCCUUGGUUCCAAGUCAGCCCUGCCACCUAUGAGCGCAUGUCCGAUGCUCCGGAGAAGUGCCCGAGCCCCUGCCCCGAAGAUAAUGUUCCCGGCGUCACAGGCUGGAAUCCGAACACCGGAGCCAGCCACGUGGUCGACGCAGUUUGA